GACGGCGGAGCUUGGAUCCGAGAGGGUCAGGGGGAGGAGAGGCAAGGGAGUGGAGCGAGAAGACGACAGGAGGAGAUCCAACACGGGGUGACCAAUUUUACUGGAGCGUCCGCGGACAGCCAGGACUCAGAUGGUCCGGCACCCUGGUCGUUACGAGCCACGGCCGCACGGAAUCGGAUUGUCUGCUGCGGUCCUGUCAGGGAGCAGAAACCGGAGAUGAUCACGAAACAGCAGCGGAUGUGCAGCUAGGCUCGAAGGCUCAUUAACUCUGGUCUGAUCAGUGGCUCUUGCACAAAUAUCUGGAGCAGCUGCACGUUUAGACCCAACCAGUCAUUGCAGCCCUGCAGUCGGCCUCUUCAGGAUCCUCCUUACUUCUUCUAAAUUUCCUCCUCGGGGAUAAAUGAGUAAACCGGCUACACGGAACAGGGCUGGGACAUGUACCAGAACCCCAACAGAAUGUCCUGGUUCAGUGGUUUCCUAGUCGCCAGAGUGGACGACCGCAAGACUGCGUGGGGGGAACGCAAUGGCAAAAAGUCCAAACGGAAGGGAGGCUCAUCUCUCUGCAACCCGCGUUACAUGAGCUGUCUGCGGGACCCAGAUGCAAUGGAGCCACCUUCCGGAGCCCCCCUCCAUCAGCACCACCGAGGAGGGGUGGCGGGGGCGAUGGGAGGCGGGGGGAACUUUGGCGUUCGUUGCGGAUGGCAAGAGGACCACUACGGGAAAAGGGGGGCGGGCCCUGGCGAGGGGGUAGGUCUGAAAUCUGUUGAUCUGGGCUUCGAGGACGGGGACUUGAAGGGAAGAAAAGGGGGAUGUAAUGGAGGAAGUGGGGACAUGGGGGAUGAGGGUGCCAAUGGCGCAGCAGGAGUGGUGACCCCUGCGGACUGCUGGCUCAGGGUGGUGCGGGUGUUCCAGUCCAAGAAGUUCCAGUCGCGCAAACUGGAGCGCCUCUACCAGCGGUACUUCUUUAGGCUGAACCAGAGUUCCCUGACCAUGCUCAUGGGGGUGUUGGUGAUUGUGUGUGGCAUCAUGCUGACCUUCCACUGUGUCCACGCUGCCCCUCAUGUGGCCUAUUCGUCCGCACUCUCCGUGGCGAUGGCGCUCUUCAUGGCGCUUAUGGUGGUGUGCAACCGGAACGGCUUCCACCAGGACUACAUGUGGAUGGUCAGUUACCUGGUGAUCGGCGUCCUGGUGUCGGUACAGGUGUUUGGGGUGCUCAUGGUCGCACCUCGGAGCGCUUCAGAGGGCAUCUGGUGGUCGGUGUUUUUCAUCUACAUCAUCUACACUCUGCUGCCGGUGAGGAUGAGAGCAGCGGUUCUGAGUGGAGCAGUGUUGUCCAUCAUCCAUGUGGUCACCACUUGGCAGAUCAACCAGGAAGACAAGUUCCUCUGGAAACAGGUGAGUGCUAAUGUCCUCAUCUUCCUGUGCACUAAUAUCAUUGGAAUCUGUACCCACUACCCUGCUGAGGUUUCCCAGAGACAAGCCUUCCAAGAGACCCGAGGUUAUAUCCAGGCCAGGUUACAUUUACAGAGGGAGAAUCAGCAACAGGAGCGUUUAUUGCUGUCAGUAUUGCCAAGGCACGUUGCCAUGGAGAUGAAGGCUGACAUCAGUGCCAAGAAGGAAGACAUGAUGUUUCAUAAGAUCUAUAUCCAGAAACACGACAAUGUCAGUAUUUUGUUUGCAGACAUCGAGGGCUUCACCAGCCUGGCCUCACAAUGCACAGCUCAGGAACUGGUCAUGACACUUAACGAACUCUUUGCCCGUUUCGACAAGCUGGCCUCGGAAAACCACUGUCUACGUAUCAAGAUUUUGGGCGAUUGUUACUAUUGUGUGUCUGGACUGCCUGAACCCCGCGCUGACCAUGCCCACUGCUGUGUUGAGAUGGGUGUUGACAUGAUAGAGGCCAUCUCACUGGUCCGUGAGGUGACUGGGGUCAACGUUAACAUGCGCGUCGGCAUCCACAGUGGGCGUGUGCACUGCGGAGUGCUGGGUCUCAGGAAGUGGCAGUUUGACGUGUGGUCAAAUGAUGUCACGCUGGCCAAUCACAUGGAAGCAGGAGGCAAAGCAGGGCGGAUCCACAUCACAAAGGCUACUUUGCAGUAUCUUAAUGGAGACUAUGAGGUGGAGCCAGGAUUCGGAGGCGAGAGGAAUGCAUAUCUGAAGGAGAACAGUAUUGAGACCUUCCUGGUCCUCGGCUGCAGCCAGAAACGGAAGGAGGAGAAGGCGAUGAUGGCUAAGAUGCACCGGACACGAGCCAACUCUAAUGAGGGGCUGAUGCCAUGCUGGGUGCCCGACAGAACUUUCUCCAGGACAAAGGACUCUAAAGUCUUCAGGCAAAUGGGAAUUGAUGAGACCUCCAGUAAAGAUAGCCGUGGUGUUCAGGAGGCCAUGAAUCCUGAGGAUGAGGUGGACGAAUUUCUGGGACGAGCAAUUGACGCCCGCAGCAUUGAUCAGCUGAGAAAAGACCAUGUUAAAAAGUUCCUACUCACCUUUCAGACGUCCAGUCUGGAGAAAAAGUAUUCUAAGAAGGUGGACGACCGUUUUGGAGGCUACGUUGCCUGUACUCUGCUGGUGUUCUGCUUCAUAUCCUUCAUACAGAUUGUUAUUUUUCCACACACUCCAGUUAUGCUGGGAAUCUACAUUAGUAUAUUUAUCAUACUUGCCAACAUACUGUUCAUCUGUGCCAUAUACUCUUGCAUCAAGCUCUUUCCGGCUGCGAUGCAGACAGUUUCGAAGAAGAUUGUCCAGUCUCGCACCAACAGUACCCUGGUUGGAGUAUUUACCAUUAUCCUUGUCUUCAUCUCUGCCUUUGUUAAUAUGUUUGCCUGUGACACUACAAGUUUGGCAGCAUGUGUUGCAGAGAAGCUGAACACCUCUGCAGCCCUGGUGACGCCCUGUCUGAUCCGCAGCUUGAAUGUGUCUGUUGAGGGGGGGCUAGAGAUUUGUCCCAGCCAGGUCCCCUCGUGCCCCUUUCCUGAGUAUUUCAGCUAUAGUGUGCUACUGACGCUGCUGGCCUGCUCAGUGUUCCUGCAGAUCAGCAGCAUAGGGAAGCUGGCCCUCAUGCUGCUCAUCCAGCUCACCUUCCUGCUGCUGGUGGAGUGGCCACAAGUAGCACUAUUUGACAACGCUGACCUCUUUGUCACCUCCAAUGCCAUUGAUUUAAAUAAAACUAGUGCUCAAUGGUCCAGUUUCAAUGAAACUACAAACCAGUGCCCAUUUGUUGUGACCAAAGUAUCCCUGAGGGUCAUGACUCCAGUGAUCCUUACAGUGUUUGUCCUGGCACUCUACCUGCACUCGCAGCAGGUUGAAUCUACAGCACGCCUUGACUUCCUGUGGAAACUACAGGCCACAGAGGAGAAAGAAGAGAUGGAGGAGCUGCAAGCCUAUAAUCGUCGCCUACUCCAUAAUAUUCUGCCUAAAGACGUAGCUGCUCACUUCUUGGCACGUGAGCGGCGUAAUGACGAGCUGUACUACCAGUCCUGUGAGUGUGUGGCUGUCAUGUUCGCCUCCAUCAGCAAUUUCUCUGAGUUCUAUGUAGAGCUUGAGGCAAACAAUGAGGGGGUAGAGUGUCUCCGACUUCUCAACGAGAUCAUUGCUGACUUUGAUGAGAUCAUCAGUGAAGAAAAGUACAGGCAGCUAGAGAAGAUCAAGACCAUUGGUUCCACUUACAUGGCGGCCUCAGGUCUUAAUGACUCCACCUAUGAUAAAGAGGGCCGUACCCAUAUUACUGCACUGGCCGACUACGCCAUGAGACUGAGGGAGCAGAUGAAAUACAUCAAUGAGCAUUCCUUUAACAACUUCCAGAUGAAGAUAGGUCUUAACAUUGGACCAGUAGUAGCAGGGGUUAUCGGGGCACGGAAGCCUCAAUAUGACAUUUGGGGAAACACAGUCAACGUGGCCAGUCGUAUGGACAGCACAGGGAUUCCUGACCGCAUACAGGUGACCACAGACCUCUACCAGGUGCUUUCAAGCAAAGGCUAUGUGCUUGAGUGUCGUGGGGUUGUUAAGGUCAAGGGUAAAGGGGAAAUGACUACCUACUUCCUGAACGAUGGACCACCCAACAGUUAGCAGCCAUGGCAACAACAGCUGCCGGGUGAGCCCUGAUGUGUGGCUGCUGAGCAAGGACUCCCAAUGUGAGCAAAAGGCUGGAAACUAGACACGUCAUCACUUGGAUCACAAGCAAAGAGGAAAGAAGUUUUAAGACUUCUUAAAGUGUUCUUGAUAAGAGGCAAACAUUCUUGUUUGACUGCCAUUUUGGCCCAUAUACGCUAAAGGACAAGUGUUUUUCUCAUGUCUAGCCUCUCUCUCAGGCUUCUUGAAAGAUGCAAAGUCUGUUUAUUUAAACAACGCCUUUUAGCCUGUGUCAAAAGAAGAUUACGCUGUACAUAAGGCUACUUUUUGUUUUAUUUUGUGAAGCUUUUUAUUGGUCAUUUUUAUUUCACCUGAAUCAUGAACAGGUACUCAUAUUUAGUUAUGGAUUAAUAAAUUAUUUCAGUCUUGAUGUUUUGAGCAAGAGGUCCUUUAUGAAAAAGUGUGAAUACAUACGUGCACAAAUAUCCAGUUUAUUACACGUUUAUGAGUGUGUAUGUACAUGCAUAUUUGUGUCUGUAUGAAUAUAUGUAUAAACUGAGAAGGAAUAUAUUGACCAAAGACUAAGGUAUUUACUAAAAAUAUGGCAAGACAUGCUUGAUAUGUUCUCGCUAAAGUGAGCAAUGAUCACCACCUCUGUUUUUUAGGCAGGAGGCCUGAGAUUUUGUCUUUUUUUCCUGACCGCUAGCAGCUAAAGCUGCUAGGUUAUUUUCAUAAAAUAUGUACAAUUUAUUUAUUUUGUUUGUCUUUCAGGAAACAAAGAGAUAACAUUAACUCUUAAUUAUAAUAUUGCCCUCGGCCUCUAGUAAAAAACUGCUAAAGACAACAAACAAUGUUGACAACAGUCAAUUCUGAAGUCUGUAUUUUUACAGUACGGAAUCUCCACUCUGAGGAGUAGCAGUAGCCCCAGCGAGGAUUUUGAUUCUCUCCACCCUCAUUUCAUGUCAGAUUGGUUCCUAAGAGCUUGAGCUGCCAGUGUACAGCUGGUGUCAGGGGUAACAGUAUGUUGUUUUCAAAUGCUCCUUCCCUUUCAGAUAUUAUUUUUCUGUGCAAGUGGAAAUAAAGGAAUUUUGAUGAAAGAGUAGUUCCAGGGCAGUAUCAGAAUUCCCUGCAUUGGUGCCACACGGCCUGAUUCUUCUAUGAAGAAGAAAUACAUGAAGAUGAAAAAAGAUCUAUAAUGAUUUUGACUGAAUACUGUGCUUUCUAAUCCUGAAGGGGCAUAACUGUUUUCACUGUGAGGUUUUUAAGAUUCAACAAAAAUUCUUUCUUGCCAAACAUAAUCGCUUUGAAGCAUGUCUGAUUGUGAUUGUUUUUCAUUUUUGUUUGGUUUAAUGUAGAGUAUUUUGUAUCACUUCUGUAUCCAUAAUUUGUAUAUUCCUAAUGUUAUUAUUAUGAUGAUGAUUCUGAUUAAUUAUUAUGCUUAUUAUAAUGAUUCCAUUCCAACAAUGAGGAUCAAAGACCAGCACGCUUUCCUGUAAGAUGCCAGCUGUAAAGCUCAAGCUCACUGGUACAAACUGAUCAAAUGCAGCCAAUAAAUUCUGCAGUUCAGUCCUAAUGUACAAUAUAGGUAUUCAUAUGGUGACAGGUUUUAUCAUGUAACUAAUAACCAUUUGCUGCUUUUGCAUCGAAACCCCAGUGGUGUAUGGUAGCAAAGCAGUAAAUAAUAUUCAGACAGUUCAUUGUAUUUACUUAUUUACACCACUGCUGCAGUAUUUUCUCUCAGCCAAUCUUCAGUGUGACCCCCACACGUUACAUGCCGAAAUUAACAAAUUACAGUACAUCCUUGGUUUAACGUUGUCAAGGGGAUAGGCAAAAAAUGUGUGUAAAUCUAUUUGUUUCUACAUGUAUUAUUUCUCCCUGUGUGUCUCAGCAAAAAGUAAAACAUACUAAUAGCUGAGUUGAAUUGCCAUUAUCCUAAUAUUAGAAUAACACCAAACAGGAACUGUGCCUGCUUGCCCUGUCUGGAGAAAGGAAAAAGGCUUGCUGAGAAUAAUUAUCAGUAAACAUUGUCACAACAAUGAUCUACAUUUCAAUUUAGAAGGUGAGGGAAUUGGCGGACUUGACUUACCGUGACUCUCCUGACACAUUCAGCAUUGUCAAGCAACAGUUGAUCAUGUUUGUACCAAAGGGAGCUCACGCUGCCUUGUGCUAUUGGUCUGUCCUGUGCAAUGAUAUAUGGCCUUGUGCAUGGUGGUAGCACCAGAUCAGCAAUCAAAAGGGAGAUCACCAACUAUAUAACAUGAACUGUGACCAAUGACGAAUGAUUACUAUAAGCAAAGAAUUUAUAGAAUGGACAUGAGUUUAUAAAAAUGUGCAUUGUAUGUAUUCUAUUUCUAUUGGCUGUCUAUAGACUUGUGUUGAUCGUUAGCUCUUGGGAUGUUUUGGGGGAACAGGAGAGGGGAGGAACAUUGUCCCCAUACUACUGAAACAGUGUUUUGCUCAGGCCUGAUGAAUCCUUUCGUAUUUGUUUUUGUUUUAUUUGUAUUUUCCCUUAGUUGGAUGAGUUGAACAGAGAGUGAUUUGCAAAGAUGAAGGACAUGAAGAGUUGAGGACUAUGACAAAGAGAAAAAUAACAUUUCCCCUUGAAGAAAAAAAUUAAAAAAAUCAAUGGCU